AUGGAGUCUGCCUGGGAGGUGGUCAAGGCCAGAUCAGGCUAUCUCGAGAGUCUCACUGUGAACGAAGCCGAAUAUAACGGCCUGAUCCUGGGUCUCGACAUGCUGGAAGGUUUAGAUCGCAGACGUCUGGUGAUCUGCGGGGACUCUAACCUAGUGAUCCGACAAUUGGUUCACGUCAAGAGGGACUGGAACGGAAGUGCCGACAGUCUAGCAAGCGCCGCUUUGCAACGACAAAGGGGAAUCGAGGUCCUGGAGACGUCCGGGUACCAGGAUCUGGCUACCCUGAACCGGUUAGACGAGAUCUUGAUCCCCAAGACCAAGAAUCCUGUGAGUUUGAUCCGUGAAAUCCGAGUCGAUCGGAUCAAGCAAGCCCAGGAGGAAGAAGUCUGGAUCGCCGGCAUGAAGAAGUAUCUGAGUGGCUCGAUCGCGGAUCUCACCCAAGCGGAAGCAAGAUCGUAUGGCAAGAUCGCGGCUGACUACGAGGCCAGCUCGUCUCGAUCGGCCCAGACGGUUGCGGAAUCGUACGAAGAGUGCGUAUUUCGGCGAUUUGGUGCCAGUGGGAUGAUCCGGCAUGAUCGAGAACCCGGCUUCAUGUCUGAUUUCUUCCGGGCUUUUAACAAGAUUUUGGGACAGCGGCAGUGA